AUGGCGACAUCACAUCCACCUAAUGAGCCGCCGCCCAGCUACGAAGCUGCCAUCUUCGAUGCCGACCCUUCACCUGGCUUACAUCGUGUCUCCACCGAUGGUCCUGCAGCACGUACCGAGCGUAAUGGCAUCCCACCCGACCGACGGCGCUCCAUGGAGGACGAGAUGCGCGAGCUACCUCCUGGCUGGGUACGUAGCUUUGACCCAGAGACUUCACAUCAGUUCUUCGUCGACACGAAGGCAGAUCCUCCGCGUAGCAUUUGGACACAUCCCUACGACGAUGAACAGUUCCUUAAUACGCUGAGCCCCGAAGAGCGUAAGAAGCACACUCGCAUGCAUAGGACCAUGACACUGGAGGACCUCACAGCUGAGGACUCCGAUGCCGAAGACCAACUCCCUCCGCGACCUACGUCCAAGGGCAAGGGUGCUGCGGCGCCUGGUGAACCUACUGGCAUACAUAAGUUCUCUCGCAAGCUGAAGGACAAGAUCACUGGCCAAACCCACACAGAACGCGAACAAGCUCGUGCCCGUCGCGCAGAGCAAGAACGUCAAGCAUACCUUCAACAUCUCCGUACACGGCAAGCACUCGUACGCGCCAUGGAAACAGGCCAGCCGCAGUUGUUAGGCAAGGACCGUCAGGGCAGAGACGUGUACAUCGAGCCACCUCAUGGUCCUUACGCUCCAAGGGGAGCUUACGGAUAUAACCCAUACGGUGGCCGACAGUUUGGAAAUCCAGGCGUACGGUAUAUGCGUCCAGCUGGACCGUACGGUAGGCCGUAUGGAUACGGCUACGGAGGAGGAGCUGGGUUACCCAUCGCAGCUGGUUUCCUUGGUGGCGCCAUGCUUGGUGGUGCGCUUUUCUAA